GUAAACACGAGCUGAUUUACCUGUGUACACAGAGCAAAGCUAUGGAUAAAUCAAACAACAGCGAUCAAGAGAGCGGUCGCCAACCAGGAUUAUCUGAAGAGGGCCGAGUGGAACCGAACGGAGAGAUGGGAAACCUCUCAUGCAUAAACGAUGCUGCAAGCUCAGAUGCUGGGGCAAAAUCUGGAGAAACGCCUAUGCUUGUAGAUCAGAUGGAUAAAACAAACAGUGAUCAAGUGAGCAGUCGCCAACCAGAAUCAUCUGAGAAGGGCAGAGGGGAACCGAACGGCAAGACGGGAAACAUCUCAUGCCCAAAACGAAGGCACAGUGACUCCUCCAAAAAUGAUGAUGCCAGCUCAAGACACUCCCCGGAUGCUGGGGAAAAAUCUGGAGAAAUGUACCCAGUUGAAAAGAUAAAGAAAGAGACUGACUAUCACAUACAGCUGGACAAGUUAUCCCCAACAACAACAACAAAUCACACUGUGCUGGUAGAUAUGGAUAAAAGAAACGACAGCAAUCAAGUGAGAAAUCUUCUUCAACAAGAAUCACCUGAGAAGGGCAGAGGGGAACCGAACAGCGGUCAAGGGAGAAGUUGUCCCCAACAACAAUCAUUUGAGAAGGGCGGAGUGGAACCGAACGGAGAGAUGGGAAACAUCUCGGGCCCAAAACAAAGGCUCAGUGAAUCCUUCAAAAACAAUGCUGCAGGCUCAAGUCACUACCCGGGUGCUGGGGCAAAAUUUGAAGGAACAUACCCAAUUGAAAUGUUAAAGAAAGAGCCUAAAUGUCACCUGCAGCUGGAUAAGUUAACCCCAACAACAAAUCACACUGUGCUGGUAGAUACACAGCAGUUUCUUCAAGGCAGAAUAAGUCCAUAUCAUGGACGCCUUAUUUUGGAUAUGAACCAUGUGAAACUACCCCACCUUGUAAAUUGGGGAGCCACAGAAAAAGAAUUACAGUCUCUCGGAAGCGGACAUUCUUCAGUUCAAGAUGUGGUGAAGGCCAUUAAGUCAUACAAUCAGCCCCAUAGUAGGGAGUUGCGCUUUGAUGCUCUUCAGACUUAUGUACAGGCAUUGCCAGGGUAUGAGAACAAUUUUCCCCAUGUGAUCUCAAAAAUGGCCCGUUUGGCACAGAAGCUGCCCAGUCUCAUCGGACAUGCUAUUCCUUUGCUCAGGCGGGGCCACAAUCACUCCAUUACAAUGUCCCAAGAGCAGAUUGCAUGCCUGUUGGCAAACGCCUUCUUCUGCACCUUUCCUUACCGAAACACCACUAAGUCAACCAGUGAAUAUUCUAACUUCCCCUCCAUCAACUUUUACAGUCUGUUUGCUGAACAGUGUAAGCGGAAGACACAAAAACUGAGAGCACUUCUCCACUACUUUGACACUGUCACUAAUAAAGACACAAAACCAGAUGGACUUGUCACCUUUGAAAGAAUCUGUAUUCUAGAAUCUAAUCUCCCCAAAUGGGAAAGUCAAAACGAGACUCUGACAAAUCUACACGUGUCUUCAAAAGGCUACAUUGAGGAAGAGGGUAAAGGCAUGCUGCAGGUGGAUUUUGCCAGCAAGUUUAUAGGUGGAGGAGUGCUCGGGAGAGGACUGGUCCAGGAAGAGAUUCGCUUCCUUCAGUGCCCAGAACUGAUCGUGGCCAGGCUCUUUACUGAAAAACUGGGAGACAACGAGUGCCUGAAGAUCACAGGAGUCCAGAAGUACAGCAGUACCGCAGGCUACAGUGAUAGCUUUGAAUGGAUCGGCCCACAUCAUGACGACACCAAGAGGGACGGGUGGAAAAGACGCUUCUGUCAGAUUGUUGCUAUCGAUGCUUUGAACUUCAAGAGCUGCAAAGAGCAGUAUAAUGAAAUAAGCAUAAAACGAGAACUCAACAAGGCCUAUGUUGGCUUCAGGGUGUAUCCUUCCACUUUUGAUGAUUACAUCUGUGCUGUCGCAACUGGAAACUGGGGAUGUGGGGCUUUUAAUGGUGACUUAAGACUCAAAGCUCUUAUCCAGUUGAUGGCUGCUGCUGUGGCUAAAAGAGAAGUGGCUUUUUUUACCUUUGGAAAGGUGGAUCAGGCACAUGACCUGCAGAACAUGCAUGACAUUUUGAGGACUCGCAAUGUGACCGUGGGUAGACUGUACAAGCUGCUAAGGGACUACUGUGAGCUCUACAAUCGAAAUAAGCAUGAAAAUAAGAAUGUGUUUGAGUUUGUCAAAGAGAGGACAAAGCUUCCUCACUCAAGUAAUCUGUGAGACAUGCACUAUAUUUUAGUAUUGUAUAUCAAUAGACUAUAUGUCUAUAACAUCAGAGAAACAUUCACGUUUGGUUUGAGGUUUUAUAUCACAUUGCAAAGUUUAUUAAAACGCUGGUGAUGCACUUUAUAAUUAAAACAGUAAUUGAGGGGGGGGGGGGGUAAUUACUAAACAAAUGAAGGGAUGUUUUGUUUUUUAAGAGUGUUUUAUGAAUGUGGUUUGUAAAUGAUAAUGAUUUUAGUUGUCUGGAGUGUCAGAGGAGGAAAGCCUAAAUAGUUCCAAAAUCAAGAUAAUUUAAUGCAUGAUGUACACUGAUCAGGCAUAACAUUCAAACCACCUCCUUGUUUC